AGAGUGAGCUGAACAGACGUGAUGGUGAUGUUAGAAGUUACACUUUUGUGUCAAGCUGUGACACAAAAACUUCGAGUUGAGGAACCAUCCAGCUCUCGGCAGUUAUGGCGACCAUCGUGAUGGAGAGACUCGGCCACGUGUUCAUCAGCCUGCAGCAGAUCAGGCAAGUUCCCCGAAUGCUCACGGAAGCCUCGCCGUCCAUGCCCGACACCGUCAGAGACACUGAGGUCCCACCCUACUUCAGGGAGCACCACGUCUGCACCGGCUACCGACAGCUUGACCAAAGCUGGCGCUACUACAUCCUGUCCUUGUUCCAGCGCCACAAUGAGACCAUCAACAUCUGGACGCACCUGGUGGCAUUUUUAGUUUUCCUGGUUAAAAUGCAGCAGCUUGUGGAGACUGUGGACUUUGUUGGUGACCCACAUUCAUGGCCCCUGUUGAUCCUCAUGCUGUCCUCUUUGAUCUACACAGGGUUCAGUGUAACAGCCCACAUGAUGGGCGGCAAGUCUGAACUGUGCCACUACAUCUUCUACUUCCUGGACUAUGUCGGGGUGGCACAGUAUCAGUACGGCAGUGCCGCGGUUCACUUUUACUACGCUGUGGACCAGAGCUUGCACGGACUUCUGCGUGGGAUCUUCAUGCCUGCUGCCACUGUCCUCAGCUGUCUGUCAUUCUUGGGUUGCUCCUACGGCAAAUACUGCAACCUUAGCAAACCGACAUGGGUGCGUAAGCUGUGCCAGGUGCUGCCCUCAUCGCUCGCCUACAUGUGGGAUAGUAGUCCAGUGGCUAAGAGAUUGUUCUCCUGGUCCACGGCCGGCGAUGACCCGGCCAUUCUCUAUCACUUUGGCCAGGUGGCCUUCUUUCUCAGCUGUGCCUUGUUUUUUACCUGCCCCGUGUUGGAGCGCUGCUUCCCCGGUCGGUGCGACUUUGUGGGCCAGAGUCAUCAGGUAUUCCACGUCUUUCUGUCUUGCUGCACCCUGUGUCAGAUCCACGCGUCUUACCUCGACUACGUGGGCCGCAGGGAGUUGUACUCGCGUCUGCACGAGAGUGGCGAGGCCACCGUCAUUGUGGGACUCUACGCGCUGACGUUGGUUGUCUGCGCGCUCAUUUUUGCCGUCAUGAUACGUAAAGUAAAACGAGUGCUUGACCUCAAGACCAAAUGAGUGAUUGGAUACCGGAGGAGCUACUGUACGUUCAAAAGCAUUUAUGUGCUUUUCUUUGCAGACGCACGGCUUUAUAGAGCGAGAAUGAAUCAUCAUUUUAAAUGCAAGCCUUUUUAAAGUAAGACUCUAAAAUGACCCAUUUAUACUCCAAUCAUCCGUUUCAUGUCCCUCUAUCCCAAAUGUUCUCCACGCCACUACUCUACAUACCUCGGUGUGGACAAAAAGCUCCAUCCAUCUGUGUCCGUCUUUUGUGUGUAAAGGUAACUAUAGCAGGCUACGUUUAAAAGAGAAAUGUAACUCACACCACAGUAUGUGCCUCACCUGGCGAAUGUCCGCAGUUGCAGCCACAGGUUUGCUUCCACCUUGGGAAUGCACCUUUUAUUGUGUGUCCUCCCCACUCUCUGCCCCCUCAGCCUCAAAUUAGAUUAUAAUAUAAACAACAUAUAUGUCCCACCCCUCCCAUCAGCCCCCUUGUCAAAGCUCCACCCCCAAAACCACCAGAAAGUCGCAGUCUUUCAUGGGGAACUGUGAAUUCCGGUUGCACUUCCAUCUACCAUUUUUCCCUGACUUGCUUGCUGUCCUCUGCUUCAGCUCAUAGAAUGUAUAUUAAAAAUAGGCGUAGUCCUCAGGAAGUGGGAUGCAAGUAGCAGUUAGCCACCAGGGGGCGCCUCCACUGUUCACUUCUGAAGUCUAUGGCAAAUGUAAUUAUUUUCCUGAGGAGCAAUGGUCUCAAUCCCCAGUUUCAGGUCUUCUUCUUCCACAGUACAUGAUGUCAGUUUUGUAAAGAUACGUUCCCAUUCAGAGGGAAAUGGACAGUUUGAUUUAACACCAGUGUGAUUGACAGCUGGUAUGGUCCAAUAGGAGCCUGGUUGCAGGUGAAAUCAUGGUCUCUUGAGGCUUUAAAACACAAAACAACCAUUUCUAUACACAGUCUGUGCUUCAGCUGUGUCCAGACGAUGUUCACGUGCAGGUGGGCAGGUCCGUUAGUGACCACCAGGAACGACAGACAGUCUGAAUGAAAUGUUUGGUUCUUGUUUUGUCCUGAAGAGUUUGAGAUGCAAAUUAGAGACUUGAGUAAUCAAAGUAAGUCCCACAAAACCAGAAUAAAGUGCAGUGAUUUUUAUUCAGUUGCUAUGUGUCGAUCAAAAGCAGUUAGAACAAACAACAAAGACUAACCACAUGUGGACACAGCUGCCUUUGACAUGAUAUACAGUUGAUGUUAAUAAGUGUCACCACUGUUAAUGGUUAUAAUACAGUAUUUAGAGUGAUAUAUGAAAAAGCACCAAACCUGAAUGUUAGGUUUUGACAUAGAACCCAGAAUAAUUAGUAUUUAAAUGAUUUAAAUAAAAGUCAAAGUAAUCACACCUUGGAGAAGAACGGCACAGAAGAAUUCUCCAAGUAGUGAAAUGAAAACAUUUUACAUGGUACGACAUGUAGACGGCAUUUGUCAUUGUGCCUCGAGUCGGAUGUUUGCACAGUUUACAUCGAGUCGGUGCUGAUUUAGUGAUUUAGUGCAUUAGAUAAUGGCUCAGAAAACACAACUGUAGGUUUGAAAAAAGGUGUUUAUGGCCACACUGAGAUUUAGAUUUUUAAAUUUUAAAUGAAUUUAUAAAAAAGUAUUUUUGCACAAUUUAUUAAUGUAGCGCUUCUUUUAGACACACACACUAAACUGUGUUGUAGGAUGUCCGCAGUUACUGUAUCAUGUCCUUUUUCACUGCACAUGUAAAACACAUGUUCCUGAUGAAAUGAUAACAAUGUUCUCUGUUCAGUUGAAGUGACCCAGUAAACCAGCAUUGCACAGAACCGGGUCACUGACACUGGAACAAAUGCAGCCAUGUUUGGUUUCAUUAUGGACAUGUGAGCCUUUACUACUGUUCAAUCAUUUAAUAACUACUGCACUGUAUACAAAAAUUAAUGUUUAAUAAUAAUAAUGUUUGUCACUAUUGAGUCAUGUAGGGGAAAGGUGUGUGUGUGUGUGUGUGUGUGUGUGUAAUAGAUAAAGGGACCAUGAUAAUGUACAUUAUGUCUUUGGGAGAUAAUGACGAUGAUGAUGUCGACUACUGACCUUAAAGAUAUUAAACAUAAGGGCUGUGGAGUUUCAGAUGGUCUUGUUACUCACAGCUUACCUCCAGGCCUGCAGAAUGUAUUCUAGUUCAAACUGUAUUUAUAUAACGUUGUUAUCUUGAUAUUUCACUGAAUGAUUAACCUCAUUGUCAGUAUAAGGAAUUGAGCUGUACCCUUUUGUGUUCUCCUGGUUUAUUUUGUUGUGUUGUGUUAAAGCUGUAGUGUGUAACCUUUAAAUAAAGACAGUUAGUCACAGGGUGGGAGUAAAAAAACGAGGAGAAGCACCCACGAAAACCUGGUCUGACGCAGCACAUGAAUAACGUUAAAUGGCUCCUGUUCAAGGACAACAAAUGAGUUACACACUGCAGCUUUAAGAAACUGUACGACUAUAUGAGAAUGAUCUUAAAUCUUAUCUUCAAUCUUUCUCCUGGAAAACACCUCAUUCUCAUUCUGACCUUUGAGUUCUGUUUUAUUUUCAGACUUCAUAUUUUAGCCUUUUACAAAGACCAAGAGCCACCGCAGAGUGCCAUGAAACCAUGUUUGUGUUGUUGUUAUGAUGAUCGUACGGUGCUGCUGGGACCACUGUAACUUAUUCCACUGACAAAUAAAAACAUCUCAUAUCAA